AUGGCCGAAGUCGUAGGCCUCGCAGCUAGCAUCAUUCAGAUCGCGGGUGCUGGAGCGAAACUCAGCGUCACAUUGUACAACUUCACGAGCUCAGCUGCCCGAGCAGACCAAGACAUUAGGGACAUCGCCGACGAUGUAGAGCUCACGUCCAACGCGCUCGAAAGCGUAGGAAAGCUGUUUGAGUCUGAAGACGCAAAGUCGAUCAUCUCGACGAAGGCUGUCCAGGACGCCCACAACAUAAUCAAAAAGUGCCAGGGCGUUUUCGACGAACUAUCGGAGAUGGUGGAGAAGAGAAGGAAGACAGGAAAGGACGGAAAGAAGACCCUGAGUAUGAUGGGUAAAUUGGCAUGGCCGAUGAAAGAACAGCGGGUUGAAUUACAUCGGAAGAGGCUAGAAAGCUUAAAGAACAGUCUUGUACUCUUGUUGCAUGUGUUGCAAUUGGCGCAAGGUCAGUCGCGAGGCAAAAUGGAAAAGAGCGUCAUGGAAGAAGAGCGCGACAAAAUCCGUGAACUUCACCAACGGCAGCAGGACUCAAUUAAAAGCCUACAAGCUCUAGAAAGCAGAUUUUGCGGUGUUGCAAUCGACGACGUAGAGACUCUUCAAGGAUCAAGCAACGCCUCCCGUGUUCCAACACUGGAGCUCAUGACUAAGGCUCAAACCAUGAAACUGCCACCUCUGGAGAAAGACAUAGAGUCCCAGACAAACACUGUCACUAUCGAUAUCUCUGCUACAGACGAUUCCGAUACCUCCGACAGCGACGCCACAAUGACGGACGAAGACGAUGAGCAUAUAUCUAUAGAGGAACUAUCAAAAGCUGCGAAGCACGUUAGAAAACUGCUCAGGCGCAUUAUAGUGCUUCAAAAGAGCCUCGGAAACAACCAAAAGCCCCAUCAGAAGCGACGCGUACGCAAAAUCUACCAACGCUUUUGCCACAAGUUUGAAUCAGGUAUCAAUGUUACUCAAGCCACGGGACCAUCGAGGCAUGGGUCUCCGGCCACACGAUCUUCGAUCGAAUGCAAUCCUGCAUUCUAUUUGGGUGACAUGGAAGAGGGCACCCUAGAGAACUUUGACUUUGAUAGUUUUCUUCAUGUCGGGUCUGAGAGCACGCCAUUUCCAGUAGUGCCUCAGCAGCAGCAACCAAUGUCACCGCUUCCACCACGACAACACCUGAACGAACCGCGACCAGAAGAAUUUCAUUUCGGUUUUAACCACACCGUAUCAAACAUGAACUCCGUAGCAGCUUCCUCUUGUGAUGCGCGCUUUCAGAUCCCUGGUUUCGCUGUACCGGGAGCCUACUUCAGCCCAGUUACAUCACCCGCCCUCAAUGCCCAGAGCCAUCAGUAUGCACAUCAGCAGUCGCGGAACACGACGUCUAGGAGUUCCACUGGACAUUCGCCUAUUGAUAUAGAUAUGGAUAUGUUGGGUGAGCCUGCUAUGGUUCCACAGGAGCAAGGACGGAGGAGUCUACGGAGUACCAACAAAAGGAACGUACCACGGGCAAAUGCCAACGGCCGCGUACGACAGUCCCCCAUUGUGAAACCCAACCGGCGAAAAGCAAAAGAGGGAUCGCGAUUUGAAGAGUUUGAUGGAGGAAGGUUACCUGAAGACGGAAGUCUAAUGACAAGAUCAUUGAGAAGCACCCAGAAGCGGAAGCGGUCGCGUCCCAUUGUGUCGGAUGCCGUUCGUCAGAGGAACACUCACGCCCAGGAGACACCAUCGGUUCCAGACGACACGCGUGCCCCAGUGGUGCGCCCUCCGUCGGAUGAUAAACUGGAGCAAGAAGCCGACCGUCCUCGUGAUAACAAGAUACGACGUAUAAGAAGUACUCUAGAUGUCGGUCUCGAAGGUGCAUACAGUACUUUGUUACAGAGGGAGAAGAAGAGAAAACAGAUAUUCGAGAUCGAAGAACCUAUUGACCCAGGCGACCGAGACGUCGUUGAUGUGCUGCUUGAGCAAUGGACGGUACCAGAGCAUUGA